AUGGCACCUGUGGGUCUGCGGCUCGGCGAUUUGGUGUGGGGGAAACUCGGCCCGUAUCCUCCUUGGCCGGCAAAGAUUAUUAAUCCGCCCAAGUGUUUGCGGAAACCACGUGGAAAGAAAUGCUUCUUCGUGAAGUUUUUUGGAAUGGAGGAUCACGCGUGGAUGGAAGUGGGGCAGCUAAAGCCAUAUCACGCGCAUAAGGAGGAAAUAAUAAAGAUUUACAAGGGAAAGCUGUUCCGGCGAGCUGUGGAUGAUGUGGAAGAGUUCAUCAGAACAGCCGUAGAGGAAAACCAGGCAGCAGCCCAGCGUUCUGCUGGUGGCAAGAAUCGGCGCAGCUCCAGUGGGGAGAGAAGUAGGCCCGGCUUGUGUGGGAAGAAGCGCAAGCUUAGCUUGUUUGAAAGCGUGCUGAAGAACGUGGGGGAAGGAAAGAAGACGGUGUCUUCAGGAUCUUCAGAGAGAGGCUCCAAGUCUCCUCUGAAAAGAGCGCGACGGCCGCGUCCCCAGAAGCGUGGGCGGCCCCCAAAGAAGAACGUUGCCAUUCCUGAGUCUAGUACCAUGAAGGAGACGAUGGCUAGACGCAUGGCCGCAUUUAAUGGGCAGCAGACUGUGAGCAGUGAGCCUGAUAAACACACAGACCUCCACUUCCGUCACUUCUCGCUCAGCCAAGCCGAGAAGCCGGCCCUCUGCUACCAGGGAAUCCCAAAGAUGCUGAAAAUACGUGAAGAGAAGAUUGGGUCCGUCUCCAUCCAGGCAGCAGACAGCACGAUCAUGAAUGGCAACAUCACGCCCACCGACAAAAAGAUAGGGUUUUUGGGCCCGAGCCUCAUGGGAAGAAGCAUGGUCUCCAACUUGCUAAAAACAGGUCACACGGUUACUGUCUGGAACCCGACUACAGAGGAAGAGGGGGCUUGCCUAGGAAGAACCCCCGCUGAAGUUGUUUCAGCUUGUGACAUCACCUUUGCCUGCACGGCAGAUCCAGAGGCAGCCAAGGAUCUGGUGCUGCGCCCCGGUGGUGUGCUGCAAGGGAUCUGCCCCGGUAAGUGCUACGUGGACAUGUCAACAGUGGAUGCUGACACAGCCGCCGAGCUGGCUCAGGUGAUCAUGUCCAGGGGAGGCCGCUUUCUGGAAGCAGCGGUCUCGGGCAACCGUCAGCUGCCUAAUAAUGAGAUGCUGGUGAUCUUAGCAGCCGGAGACAGGGCCUUAUAUGAGGACUGCAGCAGCUGCUUCCAGGCAAUGGGGAACGCCUUCUUUCUAGGUGAAGUUGGCAAUGCAGCCAAGAUGAUGCUGAUUAUGAACAUGGUCCAGGGGAGCUUCAUGGCCACCAUCGCUGAGGGGCUGACCUUGGCUCAAGUGACAGGUCAGUCUCCACAGACAUUCCUGGAUAUCCUCAAUCAAGGAAAAUUGGCCAGCAUCUUCUUAGACCCAAAGUGCCAAAAUACUCUUCAAGGAAACUUUAAGCCUGAUUUCUGCCUGAAAUACAUUCAGAAGAAUCUUCACUCAGCCAUUGCACUGGGCAAUGCCAUCAACCAUCCAACUCCAAUGGCAGCUGCAGCCAAUGAGGUAUACAAAAGAGCCAAGGACCUGAACCAGUCUGACAACGGUAUGUCUGCCCUAUACCAGGCCUACAUACGCUAA